UAAACAUGGUGGACAGAAGCCAAAUUUUUCCGAAAAAUCUCGAUUUAUUUGCGUUUAUGAGCUGCUGGAGUUCAAAAUGCAAUUAGUUCUUGUUUGAUUUUGAUGUAAAACUAUCCAACUUUAGGUUCAAAUGUAAUUUCGCUGGAAAAACCUAGAUUUGGAACCUGCAGCACGGAAGAAAAUUGCCAAGAUAUCCACAUCACACUCCACAGUCACAGUGUGACGGCCGUCAGAAGAGACAGAAGUAAUGUCAGUGCGACUUGAUGAUUACAUUACCAGCAAAAUGAUCAACGUACUCAAUAGCUUGAAUUUUGCUAACCGGGUGCUUGAGACUGACUCUCCCUUGCAUGUGGCAGCUCAUGAAGGCGACCUGAAGACUGUCAAACGGAUUCUUGAGGUUGAUAGGAACAGAGAGAAUCUCAGCCAAAAAAACAGACUUGGCUGUACACCUCUUAGAUUGGCUGCUACAGCUGGUCAUGCAGAAGUUGUGGAAUACCUGGUCCUCCAAGGGGCUGACGUGGAUAUUGUUGACAUCAAGUGUCAGACGUCUCUCUACAUGGCAGUCAAACACAAACAUCUGGAAUGUAUCAAAAUCCUUCUUCGAGCUGGUGCUAAUCCUAAUGGUGACCUGAUGAGUUUGUGUACACCUCUUUAUAUUGCUGCCAUGGAUGGCUAUUUUGAUGGGGUGUUGGCGCUAAUAAAGAGCGGCGUUGAUCUCAAUCUGUCUCAGAUCAGUAUUGGAUCGUUUAUCAGUACACCGCUCUACAUAACGGUGGUCUACAAACAUUACGACUGCUUCCGGGUUCUGGUCAUCGCUGGUGCUGAUCCGGACUUCAAUAAAAAGACUGGUGCUCAGUAUAAACGUCUGCCAUGUUGUCAGUCUCUCUAUCAUGCGGUGAUGCGAUAUGGAUGUGAUAUCAGGUACGCACAGCUUCUCUAUGAGUGUGGAACGGAUUUGAAUUCUCGGGACGAUAAUGGUAGACUCGCACAUGAACUGGAUGGCAGCGAGGAUGUCAAAAAUUAUCUCAAGGAAAUGUCAGAACAGCCAAGACCACUGAUGUCAUCCUGCAGGUUAUUCACACGGAAAGUGUUAAAUGCUUCACGGACUAUUGAAAGAAAUUCCAAAAUAGAGCAGCUGCCAUUGCCCAAUAAGUUGAAGAACUACUUGAACUAUGUGUUCUGAUUCAGACAUUUCUUGUGGACUGUGAGUCCAGAUAUGCUUUGACAAUCCUACAGAUGGUGUCCUGGGAGUAUCUGUAUCAAUGGAUGCAUGGUGAUAUGUGGGUGACCUUGACCUUGGGUAGCCUCUACAAGUGGAAAGGUUUUGAUGGACUGCAUAGAAGAGCUAUGUAACUUAGCUGUUCUGACUGUCAGUAUCUACUCUUAACCUGUCAUCAUGAAGUUAGACCUCGUCAUUCUGGCUUACGUAUAUCAGGAGUAUAAUGGCUGGAGGAUAGGGAAAAUGGAUUGGACUCAAAGUUUUGGGGGAAGUGUUCGAACUACCAUAAUGAGGUAUCUAAUAUUCUAUAUUAUUGGUUUAUCUACUUGUAUACUUGUUAAGUACUUUCAAGCAAUGUGCUGGCUUAUCAAAAAUGAAUUUCAAAUAAACUGUAACAUGAUUAAUAA